AUGGACAGGCAAGCGGAAACGGAAAGGACCACAACCACUGGAAGUACAAACGCACCACUGGCCUCGCCACCCCUCUCUACAGAAAACUCUGAAGACCCAGUCAAGGCACAGGCCAAGGCUGCGGAGAAGAGGCAAAGCACUAUUGCCAUUUCAAAACUAGAAAAGGUCAUCAAGCGUGACUUGGGUGCCCGCACCAGCUACUCCAAGUAUGUCAUGGCGGCUGGUUUGCAAGAUGGCCUCUUUGGUAUUUGCAAGGCCUACGCUCUGUAUGACGAUGCUGUUGGCUACGCCCAGGGCAUGAAUUUCAUUGCUAUGCCUCUGCUUUUCAACAUGCCCGAAGAAGAAGCCUUCAGUCUUUUCGUAACGCUAAUGAACAAAUACGGUCUGCGUGACCUGUUUGUACACGACAUGCCUGGACUCCACCUGCAUCUCUACCAGUUUGAACGCCUUCUCGAAGACUUUGAGCCCGCCCUCUACUGCCAUUUGCGCCGCAAGGAUGUCAAGCCUCAGCUCUAUGCCACACAAUGGUUCCUUACCUUGUUCGCAUACCGUUUCCCGCUGCAGCUCGUUUUGCGCAUCUACGACUUGAUCCUCAGCGAAGGCCUCGAAUCGGCGAUUCUGAAGUUUGGUAUUGUGCUGAUGCAAAAGAACGCCGAAACGUUGCUUGGAAUGAGGGACAUGUCCACGCUCACAACCUUCCUCAAGGAGCGACUGUUUGACGUGUACAUUGACAAGGCCCCUUCAGCAAACUCGAUCCUUGAGAAUGGCUUCUUUGGCUCAACAGCAGGGCCAGCUUGGGAUUGA